GUAAACUGUUUAAGGUUAGUAAACUGUUUAGUGAGCAAAAAAAGGGCUUUUUUCACUCCCUAGUAACAUUUUUUAACUAAUCCGAUACUCUUAUUACCAAUAAUCAACUCCGCUUCUUUCUUCUACACGCCUCGCAAAUUCCAAUUUGUAAUCUUAUCCCAUAUCCCACCAUCGCUCCCUCACCUCACCUUCGUCACCAAACCAUACCAUAACCAUAACCAUAACCAUAACCAUAACAAACAAAUAUAGAUUGCGUGCACACAGCAGAUACAAAAUUACGAGUUUCUGUCUGGCACUUUCUCCUCUUAAAGUGCCCCUCAUUUAUACAUCCAUCCUACUAGUCGUUACCCCACCAAACCAAAAAGAUACCAUCGUCAACAUCACUUUGCAUCAUUUGCGUCCCUAAUAGCCUAAGUACCUCUUGACAAGCUCGUAAAACUUCCUGUUUCGAUAUCGGCAAGGAGGCGCAUCGAGCGCAAUUCAAAUCUCCACCAUGUCUCCUUCUUUCGUCACCAUCGAUAACACCUCCGACUUUGACACCUUCACACCGACUCCCGUUCAGAAUGGAUCGUCGGGGCCUCGAACACUUCUCUUAGCCCCGCCCUCUAUCGCAAGCCAUGAGGAGAAACUACAUGGCGUACUAGCCGCUCACGACCGCUCUGUCACUGACUUACAGAUGCUUGACCGUCUCUCUGCCGGCCUUGUCAACCUCCCCGAUGCCACAUACGACUUGAUCUUAGUCCUAACCGAUGCCGACGACACCCGCUCGGAAUCUACAUUGUUGCUGAACCGUGACGUCUUUGCCAAGAUUGUCUCAACCCUCAAAGUCGGCGGCAAGAUUCAAGCACAAGAUGGAUCUCUAGCGCAAGGCAGCAAUACCCCCGAUGCGAGAGAGGCAUUGUUCUCCGGGCUAUUGCCUGGCGCAGACGGCUUCACCAAGGCUGACGAUGGGGCAGCAGCCGCUGUCCCUCUGAAGUUGGGUUUCGGAAAGAACAAGAAGAGAAGCGCUGCAGGACCUGCUGUGACGAAUGUCACCGUUCACCAAGCCAAUGGCCAAGAUGCGAGUCUGAACAUGGUACCACCUGCGGUAAAGCCAGCACCGGUCGGCGUUGGUUUUGUGGAUUUCAGCGAUGACUUCGGAAUUCCCGAGGAUGAUGAUGACGACGAGUUGAUUGAUGAAGAUACCCUAUUGACGGAGGAGGAUCUGAACAAGCCCCUAGCUAUUCCUGCCGAAUGCGUACCCAAGGUUGGCAAGCGACGACGUGCCUGCAAGGAUUGCACAUGUGGCCUGGCGCAGAAGAUCGAGGCAGAAGAUGCGGCCAAGCGAAAGCAAGCAGAUGCCAGUCUCCAAGCUCUCAAGCUCGAUACCAGCGACCUGAACGAGGUCGACUUCACAGUGAAAGGAAAAGUUGGAUCAUGUGGCAACUGCUCGCUGGGAGAUGCCUUCCGCUGCGACGGAUGUCCGUACAUAGGUCUUCCGGCCUUUAACCCCGGCGAGGAGGUCCGGCUGCUCAACAACGUGGUGCAACUAUGAGUACCUACCUAGUGAGAGCACAGGCCGCACCCUGGAUCAGUGGUGCUACAUACCUAGGGUAAACUACCUUUGGCUCAACAACUCUGGCUGAUGACUUUUGUCUUUUGAGCCACCCAUGUCUUAUCAAGCCACGGCAACGAAAAGUACGGGCUUGAUCUUGAUCAACAGCACGCAAAAUGAAUUAUUAUUAUUAUAGGCUACGCAGCAUUAGGUCCGCAUUAGAUUGCGUGAGAUGGGGGAUGGGGAAGGGGAAACUUGGUAUUGGUAUUGGUAGGGUAUUAGGGAAUUAGGGAAUUAAAAAAAGCAAAGCAUAGGAACAAAUUAGGCAUUCUGUCCAUGGUUAUUUGAGUAAUGGCAUGGCACGGCAUGGCAUAACAUUGCGUGUUUAUGUAUACCUACAUAGGUAGGCAUCGUGAGUGGCACGUGGUUAAUCAUGGGUAAUCUAAGUGAAGUCCCCGUGCUCGUACAUACCUAAUCUACUAGUAUAUGUCUAGAGGGCUUUGCUGCUUAUACCUGAGUACCUCCUGGUAGGCAGACAUUUAAGGUUGAUUUGUAACUUCCAGCUAUGGACCUGCUCAUGAGCUAUGCAAACCGAGC